CGCUCAGCACGGCAGAUCCGGAUGCAAACAGGAUCGAUCAGCAUCCGCGCUCAUUGUAGAGAUUUGUGUCCUUGCUCGAGCACCUCAUCGAUCCUGAACCUCAUCAUCCGACCGUAGCCACACACCCUCUUUUUCCUUUUCUCGUUCUUGCGCUUCUUGCUUGCCUUGCUUGCUCGUCUCAUCCAUCUUCUUCUUCUUAGUUCCGCCCACUCCUGCUUGCUUUCCUCAUCAACUCUCGAUCUUCACCAACUCUUAUUUGCGACACCUGGCCGGAGAACGGCUCAGCGGCAGCGAUCAUCUGGGAAAUCCAUUCAAUCAGGAGGGCGGGCGAGCAGGGGCCUGUCAAUCGCGGAGGGUGAAGGAAUAGAUUGUAGGAAAGAGCACGAGACUUUCAAAAAUGGUCAAUCUCGUGCGCGCGGCUCUUGCGGCAGCGGUGGUUGUACAAGCCGUACAGGCAGGUCCUGCUCCGACUCCAACUAUCGACCGUCGGCUGGUGGCAGCUCCCAAAACCACAUCUGUGACAUCAGUUGCCAGUGCGGCCAGUCUGGCCAGUCUGGCAAGUGUAUCUUCGGCUUCGGUCGCCUCCGUCUCUCGGGCAAGUGUCAGCGCCGCCAGUGCUGCCAGUGCGGCUUCCGCGGCGUCUUUGGCAAGCGUGCAGAGUGUUCAGAGCGCGGCUAAUGCAGCUUCUUUGGCGAGCGUUGCCAGCGCUUCUUCGAUUUCUGCCGCCGCUGCGGCAGCCAGCGCUGCUUCCCUUGCUAGCGUUCAAAGCGUCCAGAGCGUAGCUAACGCUGCAUCUCUCGCGAGUGCGGCGAGCGCGUCUUCUGCUGCUUCGGCAGCGGCUGCAAGUUCUGCCUCGCUGGCCAGUGUAGCUAGUGUACAGAGCGUUCAAAGCGUCGCAAAUGCCGCGUCGCUCGCCAGUAUCGCUAGUGCCUCCUCGGCCUCUGCAAAUGCCGCCGCAAGCGCGGCAUCACUGGCGAGCGUAGCAAGUGUGCAGAGCGUACAGAGUGUCGCGAAUGCUGCCUCGCUGGCAAGCGUGGCCAGUGCUUCUUCUGCCUCGGCCGCCGCCGCUGCAAGUGCGGCGUCGCUCGCGAGCGUGGCAAGUGUGCAGAGCGUACAGAGCGUCGCGAAUGCUGCCUCGCUCGCCAGCGUAGCCAGUGCCUCGUCAGCUUCCGCUGCUGCGGCUGCCAGCGCGGCAUCACUCGCGAGCGUAGCAAGUGUGCAGAGCGUCCAGAGCGUCGCAAACGCUGCCUCGCUCGCCAGCGUAGCCAGUGCCUCCGCAGCCUCAGUGGCCAGUGUUGCAAGCGUUUCAUCGGUCUCUGCUGCUGCUGCUGCCAGUGCAGCCUCGCUAGCAAGCAUCGCAAGCGUUUCAUCGGUCUCUGCUGCUGCUGCCGCCAGUGCAGCCUCAUUAGCAAGCAUCGCUAGCGUUUCAUCCGCUACAAGCGCGGCUGCAUCAGCGAGCUUGGCCAGUAUCUCCUCAGAAUCUGUGGCAUCUCUAGCGGCAGCGUCUUCGGCAUCAGUUCUCUCGGUCCAACAAGCCGCAGCAAGCGCAGCGUCGCUGGCAAAUGCCGCCUCCCUCGCCAAGUCUGUGGCUUCGUUGGCCGCGGCGUCUUCAGCGUCCGUCCUUUCGGUCCAACAGGCGGCAGAGAGCGCUGCCUCUCUUGCUAUCGCAUCGGUCUCUCGAGCCGCAGCAAGUCAAGCCAGCGUAGCUUCGGUCCUCUCCGCCUCUCAAGCCGCAGCUUCAGCUGCCUCCGUUCUCUCAGCUCAAUUGGCGCAAGCCGUAGCAUCGCUCGCCAAGUCGGUAGCCUCCGUCUCUCGAGCCGCGGCGACGUCUUCAGCUUCAGUCCUCUCAGCGCAACAAGCAGCAGCUUCCGCUGCUUCUGUGCUCUCUGCCCAACAGGCCCAAGCAUCGGCCGCUAGCAUUGCUUCUCUCGCCUCUCUCGCCAGCGUUUCUUCAGAAGCUGCCGCAAGUCAAGCCAGCAUCGCCUCUGUUCUCUCGGCCUCUUCCGCCGCUGCUCUGUCUGCAGAACAAGCAGCAGCAUCAGCCGCCUCGGUUGCCUCGUCUCUAUCCGCCGCAUCCGUGGCAUCGGCUGCUGCCUCAGCCGCCUCGGUCGCUUCCUCCCUUUCAUCGGUCAGCGCAGCGUCAGUAGCCUCGUCGCUUUCGGCUGCGUCAGUCGCAUCAGCUGCUGCCGCUGCCUCCGUCGCCGCAUCACUUUCGGCCGCAUCCGUAGCAUCAGCUGCUGCCUCGGCCGCCUCGGUUGCAUCAUCUUUAUCGUCCGUCAGUGCAGCCUCGGUAGCCUCCGCAGCCUCCGCAUCGGUAGCCUCUGUUGCCUCAUCGUUGUCAUCCGUCAGCGCAGCCUCGGUUGCAUCCUCACUUUCAGCGGCAUCAGCAGCAUCAGUCGCCUCUUCAAUCAGCGCGGCCAGCUUGGCCCAAUCAAUCUCCGCCGCAAAUGCUGCAGCCUCAAUUGCCAGCCUCGCCUCGCAAGCAACCUCUGAGGCCGCCUCGCUCUCAAGCGUCGCCAGCGAGGCAACGUCCCUUGCAAGCGUGGCUUCAUCAGUCUCGGCAGCAAGUGUCCAAGCCUCUCUUGCGAGCGUCGCUUCAUCAAUAUCAGCUGCUAUCGCUGCAGCAUCUCAAGCCAGCGUUGCCUCUGCGCUCGCCGCCGUUGCAUCGCAAGCCUCGGUUGCGUCGGUACUUUCCCAAGCCUCUGCUAGCAGAGUCUCAUCCAUCUCAGCAGCCAGCGUGGCUUCACAAUUGUCGGCAUCUUUGUCACUGGCGUCAGCUUCUGUAGCAAGCGCUCUUUCGGCUGCAAGUCAAGCUGAAGCCAAGGCUAGCGUAGCAGCAGAGCUUUCGGCCAUUGCAUCGCAGGCCUCCAUAGCCAGCGCUAUUUCCGCUGCGAGUCAAGCAGCGGAGGCAACCGCCAGCGUGGCUUCGGACUUGGCGGCAUCGCUCAUCGCUUCGCAGGCAUCGGUAGCGUCGGUGUUUUCCAUUUCGGCUGCGAGCAGCUUAGUAUCGCAGGCAUCGGCUGCCUCUGUGCUAUCAGCAGCACAGGCAGAAGCAAGCAGGGCUUCUAUUGCAGGUCUAGCAUCUCAGGCGUCUGUUGCCUCGGUCUUGUCGGCUGGGCAAGCCGAGGCCAGUCGUCUUGUCUCAGCAGAGCUGGCUGCGUCGUUGUCUCUAGCCUCAGCUUCCGUGGCCUCAGCGCUUUCAGCGGCCUCAGCAGAAGCGAGCAGAAGCGUGGCGUCCGAGCUUUCGGCAGCUUCAGUGCUUUCAGAAGCUCAAGCGGAAUCUACAUCGGAUCUUGCGGCCUCGGCAUCACGUGCUGCCGCCAGCGCAGCUUCUUCGUUAUCCAUCGCCAGUGCAGCAUCUCUCGCGGCGGCUAGUUUGGCAUCCGAUGCAGCCGUUGCCUCUCAAUCACUUGCCAGCGCCUCUGUGGCGGCGGCUUCAGCAUCAUCUUCGCUAGCUAGCGUCGCGUCAGCGAUCUCUGCGGCAGACGCGGCUUCCUCACUAGCAGCUGCUCAGUCCGCAGCGAGCGCUUCCGCAGCAGCAAGCCUGGCUCCUUCUCUGUCAAUAGCUAAUCCGGCGUCAACCGCCUUAAGCGCUUCCGCUUCCGCUGCAGGACCAACAGGAACGCCAGAUCUUACCAGUAUUCUGAGCAGCAUUUUGUGCUGUGGAACUUCGUUGGGAGACCCGUCACCAGCUGUUUCGGUCCCCCUCGUCGAUUCCUCGGUCUCAGCUUCACUGGGCCUCAGUGCAUCUCUCGUCGACGGACUGACCUCUGCUCUCGGACCUGGAACGGCCGCGAAUGAGCCGCUUACCACCAGCAUUGCCAGCGCAGGCAGCGAGCCAAGCUCUUUGAAUCCGCCUCAAGAUGCAACGUCAUUGUUACAGUCUGCGUCAUCUCUUCUAUCUCAGGUGGCGCCGACCACCGCUGGCGACUCCCCUCUGGCCUCGGUGGGGCUCUCUUUAUGUCCCUUCCUAGCAGGGACGGAAGCGCUGCGCUUCCCACUGCGACCCAGGGGUCACCAGCAUUUCUGCGCCUGGCGUGGACAUUUCGUUGACGCUCUCUUCGCCUUCCUCGACCUCGGGCUUUGCUUCGGGCGUACCCGGCAGCCAGGGUGGUCUUUCUUCCGCAGACUUGGGAAUGACAGGUAUCGACCCUUCCUUCAUUCCAGCACCUGUUGUCCUCUCUUCUAUUAUCGCGAGCGUUGUGCAGACCAUUACCGAUGCAAUCGAUGUCGUACCCGCUACUUCAAGUGUGAGUCGGCCGGCGCGCAAGCGCGGCAUCCCUACCCACCGAUGAUAAUGGCCUUCUUGGAAUCACAGGUAGGUCUCGGAUCAGCCCGCCCAUGGAAGUUCGACAUUGCCACUGACCUUGCCUCACGUCCGCUCCUGUCGCCUCUAGCUUGCUUGACUCACUCAGCAGCUCGAUCCAAGCUGUUCCAGGUGCGCACCGCUAAUAUCGACAUCUGUGCCUUCGAUUUCAGCAGACUUGUCGUUGACAGCUAUUCUCAGCGAGAUUUCUCUGGGCGCGACGCUCUCUCAAGACUUUUCGAUACCGGCGAGCUCUGGCCUCGGAGCUAUAACAUCAUCUUAGACUCCAUUACCAGCACCAUCGUGCCCAGCGACAAUGCACGCGGCCUCUGCCCCAACUCAAGCUUCAGCAUCAAGUCUGGUUAUGACUGUCACCUCUGCCGCGCCACUAGCCUGAGUGUACCUCUGUAUAAUCGGCACAAAUGUCGACACGAGUACGACCCUAGCUACCCUGAGUCUGAGUGCAAGCAUCAGUAUCAGACCGGGUAUCGUUCUGCCGACAGACCCUCUCACAAGUCGCAAUCGGCGCUCUGCCGACAUCUCUUCCCGCAGCCAUGGGCCAGGAAAUGUCACACUCUUCUCGGACAUCGCCCAAGUCACACCAACGGUGUUCCCGACUUCACUGGGAGACGGUGUUCCGGUUUCUCAAGCACAUGUGACAGGAACCUUGCCAACUUCGCUUCCCGCCGACUCGGCUCUCAGCAGUAUUCCAACGCAAGCCCUACCCGCAAGUACAAUCUCGACCAUUGCUUCUGGCCUAAUCAGCUCGAUUACGAGUGCUGGUGCAGCCUUACAAGAUCCUUCUGCCUCGCUACCUCUAGCAACUCAAUUGCCGGAACCUCAGGCGCAAGCUUCUACAGCCGGCCUAGAAUCUGCUCAAAAUUUGCUGUCCAGCCUCCAAAGCGACCUCCCAAGCCUCACAACCUCGGGUGCCACAGAACCGGCAGUGGUGAUUUCGAGCAUACUGAGCUCACUACAAGCCUUGCCGAGCGCUCAAUUACUUCCAACAGACGCGGCGAGCACCGUGGUCGCGCCUUCUUUGGACAGCCUCAUGCUCUCGACCGCGAGCUUGCCAACUUUCCUCGAUUUCUUAUCAAGCACAAGCCCCGUCCUCAAUGGAGUAACGCAGACAGAUGGCCUGAUUUCGCAACUCUCGUCCAUCCUUGGCGUGCCGUCUCCUACUGUUGCGCUACAGCUGCGCCGGACUCCGCGCUGCCCACAACACCCAUCGCCAGUCCUCCAGUCGAUCCUCAAGUCACUGACAUUUCGAGCCUGGUCUCCCAAUUGUCCUCAUUCCUGAGCUUGCCACCGCUCGCCACGGGUUCGUCAGACAUCUCAUUGACGGCAUCGGCCACAUUGGCCUCCCUCGUCGGCCAGACAGGUGGCUCUUCGACAUUCGGCCUACCCAAUACGGCGUUGCCGGGAGUUUCUGAUAUUAACUUCCCUGGCAGCUCAUCCACGCUCGAUCUUCCUGUCGAUACCCGACUUCCGGCAUCGAGCCUCCUCACGACGCUAGCCCCAUCAGACUUGCCUUUGUCGACGUCCGUCGGCGUAGCAUUGCCAUCGACAACUCUACCCACCUCCGCAUCAAGCGGUCUGCCAACUCCCACGCUUCCCGUCGAUCCUCAACUCAGUGCUGUUUCAAGCUUGCUCCCUUCUCUACCCCUUCCGGUCGACCCGCAAGUGACUGUGGCGAGCAGCUUGCUCUCUAGCCUCUCUUCGCUGCUUGCACUGCCUUCCCAAAGCGCCAGCAUCCCCGUCUCGCUUCCGGUUUCACUCUCAAGCAUCGCUUCCGAAGCUGCAGGCUUGACAAGUGUGGUCGGCGGGGCAACACAGAUCAUCGAUCAGCUCACGACCCUACUUGCUGCUACAACAAUCUCUGAUGGCGUAGUCGUCAGCACGAAUCCCGCUCUGACGAUAUUGCCCACAGUCCUCUCUUCGGCGCUCGGCAGCGUCACCCGAGAUACAGCCUCAAUCAGCUCACUGCUGGCUGGAUUGCCAACAGCCACAGGAAUCUUGGACGUACCUCUCGUGUUGAGCACAACAGGCUUGGGUGACACUCUGCCGACCCUUCCCACCAACCCAUCCCCUCCAGGAGGUGACAGUCUCCCAUCCGUUGGUGCGAGCUUAGUCAGCCAAGUCGUUUCCGAGGCUCUUACACUCCCGGGCCCCACUCCCACACAGCUUCCGGUCGACACACAGCUUCCCGUGGACCCUGUGUUUUCACAAGUCUCCCAAAUUCUGUCGUUUUCUGAGCUCAUUUCGACUCAGCUAUCGUCAAACGCACCGAUUGUAUCCACCACGCUCGGCGUUCCCAGCUUCACUUCCGCCCCAGCAGCAGGCGGCCCGCAGAACACAUUCGCGAGCGCGCCUGCGACAGACGGCCGAGGGGCUACCCUGACAACAGUCGUGCCAACAGAUGACCGCACAGCGAUCAUCUUUUCACCAUCAACUUCAGCGCAGGGUGGUGCAACUACUCAGCUUCCAGCGACCUCUUUGCUCUUGUCACUCAGCAGCACACUCGCGCAGCUUCAGAGCGCCCCAAUGAGUUCUGGACCAUCGAGCUCGGCCCAGCCUGCAGUGCUUAGCAGCGUGGCGCCCACGCCCUCCAGAGCCCCUUGUAUGAGCACAUCCGCGGAUCCGAACGCGGUCGAUCCAACCGCUCAACCUACCCCAAGCCGCGGAGGUGCGCCAACCGCAGGGCCGACUCUUUCUUCGGCCAGCACUACAACAGCAAGGACAGCCGACGCUACGAGUACAGCUCAAGGCGGCAACAAUGCAAAUGCUCCCAACCGGCCGAAUACGGGUGGCGCAGCAGGGACUCAGACUAGCCAGAGUGAAGCCUCCGUUGAGAUCCCCCGCCAAUCCAGCAGCAUAUUCUCUGCUGGCUCGGAUCCGCUCACCGGCGCUCCGGCUGCUACCACAUCGCGAUCGCAGCCGCUUGCUUCUGGUUCUCAAGCGCCGGGCUCUGACAGCGAGCCACCCUUCGAUCAGGCUUCUGGCGCUUCACGCCAACCUCAGACAGAUGGUCCACAGAGCACCGAUCCUCGGCCUACUGGCUCCACGUCUCUCCGCGGCAGCAAUUCUGCCUCAGGAACCAGCAGCAGUGGCGGCACGCAGCCAUCCUCCACGGACCAUUCAGGCGGAGGCUGUCCGCCAGCGCCUUCGCACACAUUUGGCCCAGUGCUAGACUCCAAAGGCAAAAUCCUCUACCGUCACGGCGUCCCGCUGUACACUCCAGUGAUCCACAAGCACCACAAAGCGCCCACCAAGACAGUCGUGGGCCAUCCCGUCCAUGAAACGGGCUUCAAGCAUCCUUUGAAAGAAGGUCAAUGCACGUGUAAGCUGCCGGGCGGUAGCAAAUUCCGCACCUCCCUUGACAACUUCAGGCGCAACAUUGCUGCGUAAAACGUGGAAGAUCGUUGAUGCGGACGCUUCGAAUCGAGGUGCCCACCUUCUAAUCACACUCUUUUGACAUUCUCGCCUUCUACCAUACCAAACUCUCAUUCACACCAACCAAUCACCCUCUUUGCGUAUCAACUCGAACAACGCUCCUUAUCCUUGCCUGUCAAUUCUGCAUUGCUCCAUAGAAGCUUCCUUGUCUGCACUGCUUUGCUCAUCGCAAUACCCAUCAUUUCUCUCCUGCUG